UUGGACCGAAGUGGGCGGUAGCCCUGAGGGAGAUCCGGGUUCUCGUGCACGAGUAUGACGUGUGCAAUAGAAUCAAAACAGUGCGAGAGCCGCAGAGAGAGAGACCCGGCCGGCUCGGAGCUGCACAGGUUGCGGUAAAUGAACUGUAGAGAUGGAACAAGGUAACUUUGAUCCUUGCGAAUGCAUCUGCUCCCAUGAGCAUGCAAUGCGAAGACUGAUCAACCUGCUAAGACAGUCUCAGUCCUACUGCACAGACACGGAAUGCUUACAAGAGUUGCCAGGACCAAACUCUGCCAGUGAUGGAGGAAUUAGCGUUGCUAUGAUAGUGAUGGCAUGGCUUGUAAUUGGGUUCACUUUAUAUUUGUUAAGACCCAGAAGUCUCAGGAGACCCAGGACCGCUGGAAAACCCACCAGCCCACAUAAUAAUGAAGGUCCUGAGCCUCCAGCCCCUCCUGUAGACUAGCAACCGGCAGCCUCCCCGGACAGCUAUACAUUUGCACGACCAAAACGGCCAGACUACUCUCAGAUCGAUCAAUCUAUUUUCUCUCCUACAUCAAUGCAGUCGUGGAAUUGAGAAGGCUUCCAGAUACUGAGGUUUUCUUGAUGGAGCAGUGUAGUCGGUUCUUCCCUACUGUCUUUGUAACGCGUUUUAUCUUUAUGUGAAUCUCCAUAACAGUGAUUUGCUGAUUUUAUUUUUUUUCUGCCAUUUUUCCUUUGAUACUGUCCGGUCUUACAAACAAUUACUGAAUAUACCGUUCAGAUAUUGUGAAGAUGUACUAUAAUAGGUUAUGAAUUCCGAAGUUUAAAGUUAAAUUUGUUUCAUGUAGAAGCAUACAUUCCAGUUAUACUGAAGGAGUGCCGAGUAACAGCAGGAGGGCAACUGAAGGCAGGUGAUAAGUGCUUUCGAAACAGGAGUAGACUUUAAUUGUUGGAUACCCGAAGCGCCUGCACCGAUACGUUAGGAAAACGUAGAGGAUUUUCAGAUUGCAAAAUACAAAUACCGAAUAGUGAGUAAAGUAAUUGGACACAGGAAAAUUUUAAAUAAAAAAAAAAAAAUCACAACAUAAUGGGCUAUUAAGCUCACAAAGCUAGCCAGAAAGAAGUGAUGAGAGUCACCAAGACUAAUUUAAGGUGUCCAGGUUCGUGGGAGCUUCAUAUUCUUUUGAUGUUGGUGAUGUAUAUUUUAUUGUUAAUAUUUCAUACGUUUUAACUCUAUGGACUGUGCCCCUUUUUUGUUCUUUUUAUAAUUGUAACCCACAGAAUGUUUAAGGGACUGGAUGUUAUGUUGCCUGUUACCUACCGGUAUUUGGAAUCAAAGACAAUCUUCACCACAAACUGCGUUUAGAAGAACAACACAUUUACAUGGCCUAAUGUUUAGUUUUGGAUAAAAAAAGAUUAAUCUUAGCAUCGUUACUGAUUUGACUUGCAGGGUAAACACGUUUGAGAAGAUAUGUGGAAGAAUAAGAGGCUAACAUUACUUUUCUAUUGGGCUAAUACAUUCCUUUUGUUAACUUGCA